AUGAUCUAUGCUCUUGAUACCAUAAAACGUCACCACCAUUCCACACCCACCGCAUCUCCACCUCUCACCCUUCCAUCUCUUUCCUCCGCCUCCCCCACCGACGCCGCCAGCUUCGCCGCCAAAAUCAUUAAGUUCAUGAAAAGCAACACCCAUAACGUAGCCACUGCCCUCACCCAAAUCUCCAAAACCACCACCAUAAAAGCCUUCGUAAUCGACUUCUUCUGCACUUCCGCAAAGGAACCAGCCUCUUCAAUGGGAAUCCCAAUCUACUACUUCUUCACUUCCGGCGCCGCCCUUCUCGCGCUAUUCUCGUACUUCCCGAAACUCCACUAA